GCCGCUCCCCCGGGAUCCUCCGCCCGCAGCCUCAGCCCGGAGCUCGGUGCAGCCUCAGUGCAGAGAGCGGCGGCUGCGGAGCGGAUGGUCCCGGUGCCCGGACUGCUGAUGUUCUCCCUGCAGGAGCCGCUGUCCCGGGCGGCGCUCAGCAUGAAGGAGGAACCGCUGCCGGCCGGUCUGAACACGGUGCGAGCCUGGAUGCAGAGCCCCGGGAUCCUGGACUCCGGCACCGCCGCGCAAAGUGGCAUCGGUCUGGCCAGAGCUCACUUCGAGAAGCAGCCGCCCUCAAACCUCAGAAAAUCCAACUUCUUCCAUUUUGUUCUGGCGCUAUACGACCGUCAGGGGCAGCCGGUGGAAAUCGAGAGGACGUCCUUCAUCGACUUUGUAGAAAAAGAGAAAGAACAGAGUGGCGAGAAAACCAACAAUGGCAUCCAUUACCGACUGCAGCUUCUCUACAGCAAUGGUCUCAGGACGGAGCAAGAUCUCUAUGUACGACUUAUCGACUCGAUGUCCAAGCAGGCAAUCAUCUAUGAGGGACAGGACAAGAACCCAGAGAUGUGUCGUGUUCUCCUGACUCAUGAGAUCAUGUGCAGUCGAUGCUGUGACAAGAAGAGCUGCGGAAAUCGGAACGAGACGCCCUCCGACCCAGUUAUCAUAGACCGGUUUUUUUUGAAGUUUUUCUUAAAAUGCAACCAGAACUGCCUGAAGAAUGCUGGGAACCCACGGGACAUGAGGCGGUUUCAGGUGGUGGUCUGCACUACGGUGAAUGUGGACGGGCAUGUCCUCGCUGUGUCAGAUAACAUGUUUGUGCAUAAUAACUCCAAACAUGGCCGCCGGGCGAGAAGACUGGACCCGUCCGAAGCAGCCACUCCCUGCAUCAAGGCCAUUAGUCCCAGUGAAGGCUGGACCACCGGCGGGGCCACCGUCAUCCUCAUAGGAGAUCAUUUCUUUGAUGGUCUGCAAGUUGUGUUUGGCACCAUGUUGGUGUGGAGUGAGCUCAUUACACCUCAUGCAAUCAGAGUACAGACGCCCCCAAGACACAUCCCUGGUGUGGUGGAGGUCACACUGUCCUACAAAUCUAAGCACUUUUGUAAAGGGGCCCCAGGACGAUUUGUGUACACAGCUCUGAAUGAACCUACCAUAGACUAUGGCUUCCAGAGAUUACAGAAGGUGGUUCCCAGACACCCUGGAGACCCUGAGAGACUACCCAAGGAGGUCUUGUUGAAGAGAGCCGCUGACCUGGUGGAAGCAUUAUAUGGCAUGCCGCACAAUAAUCAGGACAUUAUCUUAAAAAGAGCAGCAGAUAUUGCUGAAGCACUGUACAGCGUACCCCGAAACUCCAACCAGCUUUCCUCACUAACAGCCAACCACCCCCACACUGGCAUGAUGAGUGUCAACUCUUUUGGUAGUCAACUGGCCAUCAACAUUGCAGAAUCUUCACAGACAUCCGAUCAAGGUUACUCCAGGAACACAAGCAGUGUCUCUCCCCGAGGCUACGUGCCGAGCUCAACCCCUCAGCAGUCUAAUUAUAACACCAUCACUUCCAGCAUGAAUGGCUAUGCAGGAACCGGAAUGACUAGUCUGGGAGUACCGGCCUCUCCAAGCUUUCUUAAUGGCUCCACAGCCAAUUCUCCAUAUGCAAUUAUGCCCGCAAGUCCUCCAUUGGGAGCCUCAUCCAUAACACUUCCAUCCAGUGCAAACUCCACUCCUGCCGGAAUCUUCUCCUUCUCUCCAGUCAAUAUGAUCUCUGCCGUCAAGCAGAAAAGCGCAUUUGCACCCGUGGUGCGACCUCAGAACUCACCCCCACCAACCUGCACCAGCUCCAGUGCAAAUAGUCUUCAAGCCAUGACCGGCCUCAUUGUGCCACCUAUGUAGAACACUUAUCUGAAGAUAGUUGACUAAAGCUCGUAAUAUCCUGGACUCUUCUUAAAUUCAGGAGAUUCUGGAGAACACGGACUUGGAUCUUCUGAUUUGUUUAAUGGAUCAACAGAACUCUUGAUGGUGAUUCAAGAGGUUUUCUAUGUUACCACAAAGGAUCCAGGGAUAUAUCUCUCCUCUAUUAAGCAUAACAUGGAAGAAGACAUGAGGUGCCUUCACAGCUCUUCUUUUCAUAGUGGACUCUCGUCCAUGUAGGAUCAAACAUUCUCUUCCUAUGUCUCCGGUGACUGACUAUUUCCUACCAAAUUUAAUUUGAACUCAUCUCUAAUGGAUUAUGUUCCUGAAUGCACUGCCAGGUUCAUCCUUCUCGGUGUGGUGACACUGGAUCAAACGGAAGAUCCCGUAGUCAGAUGCAGAAGAUAAAGAUGGUACCAGUUUAUGGAUGGACACAUCCCAGCAUCAGAACCUCAUAUCAUAUGAUCGAUUGUUUACUCUUCGUCUUCACCACUUCUAAUGAUCUUUUUUAAUGUGUGAUUCAUAUGUUGUCGAGCUUCAUGGUGAAGAGUGGAGGCGGAUUGUUUUAUACUGCACUUUCUAUACAUUGUGGACACAAUGGACAUUCCUUCAAAUACUCCAAGUAGUUUUUUAAAUUAAAUUAUGUGAAUACUUUUCUCAUGUCUUAUGAAGUGUAAUCCUGUCUGGUAGCAAGACGUCCACCAUCUCCUAGAGCAAGACUUUUACCUCUAAGUGUCCAGAUUUUUAAAAUCUUUUUGUAGAGAAGACUGAUACUUGAGGGUGAACAGCCAUCCAUUAUGUAAGUUCCUUCAAGGUCAUGCGUCGGUCAUCCCAUAGCAUUGCCCCUCAUACCCCGGAACGUGAAGUGAUGAUUGCCUUAGGCAUGAGAUACAAGUUUUAGGUUACAGAUGCAAAGUUGUGAUUUUAGGACCAGAUGAAAACCCGAUAGGCUCAUUCCAUUAUUUAUGUCCUACUAUUUAUUCCUCCCCCUCAUGAGAAUCAGGAUCUUAAAUCCCAUGACCCCCUCUACAUCUGUGUCUUUUUGGUAAACCAUUGCCACCUGGACGGUGCUAAGCCCUUAUCUGCUUAGCUGGCCUUGUAUCUGGAAGAGCUGAUGGCUCUGAUGUACUGGAAACAAUUAUAUCUUUUCUACUUAUUAUUUUUUUGCAAAGAAAAAAAAUCUUAACACACUUGGAAGUAGCAAUAGACAAAGCUCUCCCCC